AUGAAAACUUUGACAUGUUGAAGAGCCCAUAUUGAUGUGGUAAUUGCAGGGGCAUUUCUCUGUGUAAUUCUUUAUUCUUAGUAUACAUAAGUACGUGAUCCAAGGUGUAGCCUAAGUGUUUCAAGAGGUACAUUCUCGGUAGCAGGACGGAACCAGAGAACGGUUGACGCAGGGCUAAAGAUCAGUGUACGCCAUGGCGCGUUUCUCAUCAUUGGAGGAGCUUCGGCCCUCUCCCAUGUUCAUAUGUGCAUUGGUGUUUGUCAGUUAUUUCUUCGUCACCGCGGGAAUAGCGUAUGACAUCAUCAAUGAGCCGCCUGCUGUUGGUGGGCAAACGGAUCCGGUCACAGGGGCCGUGAAGCCCAUGACAUUUAUGCCGUACCGGAUGAACGGCCAAUUCAUUCUUGAAGGCCUCAGCGGUGGAUUCUUCUACACCCUCGGAGGUGUCGGCAUUAUCUUACUGGAUCUCAGCCGCGACAAGAACAAGAGCGUUUUGUUUCGCAAUUUUUACCUGCUUCUGGGCUUCGCGGUAACAGUCCUUUCGUACUUCGUCUGCCAGGUAUUCAUCAGGAUCAAAAUGCCUGGAUACAUGCGUUGACCCAACGCGAGGUCAGCUGCCUGAUCAUAAUUGCUGGGUAUGCAAUGUGAGCGCUCGCCCUGGCGCAUAUCACUGCCUAAUAUUAUACAACUGUAAUCGCGUUAUGUGACCUGGAGCCAAAGCCUCGUUAUGUUGC